CCCGCGUGUGGUUGUUGUGCUUGAGUAACACCAGACCCCGCUAUCGCCUCAUUCGGUGUUCGAGUCUCAUCCCGAGCACUAUUCGGUCAUGCAUAAGGCCACCCAACUGACCGACCACAGGAGCUGGCAGUGCCGACUUCAAGCGUUUCAUACAGUCCUUUUACGAGAAGCAGCAAAGUGAAGAUGGAUCGUGCUCGCGUCUUCGACCAGAGCAGCUGGGAUCCACGUUGCAUGAGAGGAUUUGGCGCUGGGUGACCGACCAUGCAGAUAUUCGCAUCAUGCACCAUGGGGUUACACGGCAAUAUACUCUCACCGAAUUCGAAGCAGCAGAGAAGCCAGGAUCGACGCCGAACAACACUGCGUCUGCAGCUGCGCCUACAGAUUCUACCAACGCAGUGAAAGAGACACAAGACCCCGCAAAAUCUCUCCUAGCAUUGCGGGACUCCAUGCGCCAGCGUCUUAUCAAAGAAGGGCUCACCCCCCAGACCGCUGCCACAAAGAAGCCCUUAGGAUUACAGAGCUCUUCGUCAUCUCAAGAUCCCGCAAUCGAAGGGCCACCCAAUGUCAGCUUGUCGCAACAGGCCGUUCGUGCACCUCGUGUCCUUCCAAGUCUGUCAAACGAUGGCGAUACAGUCUUCGACGAUCCUCCAGCCGACACUCCCGCGCCUCGUCUCUUCGCGAGUCAAAAUCGUAUCUGGCAGGCAUUGACUGGUCAUGGCAUCGAUCUCAAGAAGGUUCCCACCAUGGAGUUCAUUUUGCUCUCUCUGAUUGCUUCGCACGGAACAGCUGGAGUCACACAGCCCGACUUGACGGCCAUGAGCGGGCAAGAUAAGCGCUCAGUGCCCCACAGGACCGAUGAGCUUUGUCGCAAGGGCUACAUCGAGAAGCGCCCUGUUCAAUCUGGCAAGCUGCGUACUAGUCUCUGCGUCCACCAGAAGUUUGUUUCGGCGGACCAUUUCUUAACUUCAGGUAAAGUCGAAGACGUCUUCCAAUACAAGAAGUUCGUGUUGUCUGGUUUUGUGCACCUUCUCUACAACACGCUGAAGGAUGCUGGUGUCGUGCCGACGAGAGACAUCCGAAAGCGAUUGAAUGUACCGAUGACCACUUGGAAUAAGCGAGCCGUGCAGGGCGCUCUCAUCCGCCUUGAUCAAACCGGGAUGGUGAAGCGCUUCAGAGCACGUAGGAAAGACGCCGAAGACAACUGGCUCACAUGCAUCGAGGUGUUGCGCGAACCUCGACCAGAAGACCACGAAAACCUGAAGUUCCGACGCCAGGUCACUCUCGAAGAGGAUGCCGAGGAGCAGUCAGACGAGGACGUUGACGGUGAUACGUUGAUGCGGGACCUGGAGGUUGACAUACUCAACAAUGACUCGCAAGAUGUCGACGGUGUCAAGGAAGACGCCGGUCGCAUUCCGCCCCAGUGGAUACCCGAACGCCUGUUGUCUAACACGCUAUAUGAGGUUAUAGGCAUGGGCGGCGCAGAAGGAUGGGAUGCUGUAGUCGUGCGCGACCGAAUUGUGGGCAAGUUUUGGCGGCGACCGAUGGAGUCGUAUCUCACUCGAUUGACGGAUGAUUGGGAGGCGACUCAGCCAGCUCAUCUCCGACACCUUGCAAUUAUUCGAGACACACGCAACACACAGGAGAAGAAGUUUGUACAUUACGUGUAUCGUACAUACGGCAACUUCCAGGAGGCUGUGGACGCAGGCGAAGUCAUUUGGGCCGGAGUUAGUAAGCCUGCGCCAAAACAAUCGUCAGCAGCCAAGGGCGGCCGACCGAAGAAGGAUGCACCUGGCGCACAGGUUGAUGCUUGGGGAUUUCGCGCUCUCAGCUCAAAAGAUUUUGUUGACAAAGAUGGUUCAGCAUCACUUUCACAAUGUCGCAGAGCCAUCGUCCUACCAAGGAAGUAUGGGCCACGAUGGGAUAAUCUGCUUGCUGAUGACAUUGGGUAUGAGAAGGCUGAGACACCCAUGUCGGAGAAGACCAUGCGGAGGAAUAAGCCAAAAGCUACAUCCAAAGACCUGUUAUCAUCUCAAACACCAAGGUCUGAGAAUCCGGUAACUCCAAGUCAACGCAGCAUACUCAGCGAUGCGGCUACCGACGGCGACGACGCGACGCCCGUGGCUGCAGCCAAAAUUCUGGGUCUCCCGAAGUUGAAGCACGAGACAGGGCUACUCACCAUAGACCAGAGGAUAGCCCUGGGACUGAAGCCGAAAGGCCGCCUCAGCAAGUUUGUUGAGGAUCAGAUUCGAGAGCAUCGCAAGCAGACAGGAGAGCUGAUGUCGAUUCCAGAGUCGAUUGUACUGGAAAGACCAUCAAGCGCGAAUACAACACCCGUCCUCGCUAAGUCUGGACCGCUCAUGACCAAGGAAGAGCGGAUCGCUGCAGGGCUGCCAGCCCGUGGGCGUCUGGGUCAGAAGAUCGAAGACCAAAUCCGCCAGCAACGUGGACUCCCAACGAUUGGAUCUAAGGUCAAAAAGCCGCGAAAGAGUCGGCCAGCCAACGAACCAGCACUGCUGAGCAAAGAUCAGAGAAUCAAGCUCGGUAUCAUACCCCAUGGGCGUUUACCGCAGUCGCUUAUGGAAGGGCUGCGUGAGGAGCGCGACUUCGAGAUUCCUUUCGAGCAGUCCAAAGUCAUCCCAGCGUAUCUUGAUGCCGUGAAGGAGAAGCUACCCAAAGCACAGCUGACUAGAGCAAUCGAUGGGGUCAGGGUACAGACGAUGCGGGAAAAGGAUCCAAACUAUGAUCCGACUCGAGGAUUGGACAACUCUGAUGACGACACCCCUGUUCUCAAUGACCCUGACGAGUCAGUAGUGAUAGCCUCGAGAACCAGCACGCCAGCCGUUGAGAAGCGAAAGGCUGAUGAUGAUACUUCCGUUUCGCAACCCCCCAAGCGACUACGAACUGAGCGAGACGAUUCCGCGGAAGAGUCCGGCGCGGUAGUACCGACACCACCACCAACAACGUCCCCUGCGAUCACUGAGCCAAUUUUUGAACCGCAAGAGCAGGACGAUUCGAGUACAACCAAUGUGGAGGAGGAGAGUACACUUGUCGCAACCAGUCUUCCACAACAAGACCGUCCAAAGAUAGUCACGCCUCCUCGCGAGAGCUCUCCUCCCAUCAUCGAUUUGGCCGCUGUCGAUGAGAAGAUUCAUUCGAUCAAAGAUAAAUACAGCAACCGAUCUGUUCCUGGCGUCUAUAUCGAUCCAUUUGCGAAACGUAAGAUUGGCCAAGGUAGACCGCGCAACGCUUACAUUGCGACUUUUCGGCUGCAAGGGCUCACGGAUCUGGACUGGUUCAGGAAUGAGACAACGACUUCUACAAGCGAGAAGCAGGAACCAUCACCACGCCGCCCGGUGGAAUCGCCUGAAAAAGAGGUCGAGACAGAAGAGCAGCGUACAGACAACGAUGAGCGUGACGCGACCAUCGCCCCUUCAACAUCUGCGGCGGGGGACAGCGUCGAGCCCGAUGCAGCACUUGCCAAUUCAGGCGCGGAUGGUGUUACAUUGUCUCAAAGCGAUGUCCUGGAUGCCGAACAGUCAGGAGAUCAACACAUGACUGACGAGACCCAUGUUUCCCAGCAUACGCCAGCUGGUGCCGAGCAUAUGAACCCCUCGGGACAGAGUCGGAAGGCAACUCAAGCAAUACAACAGUAUGCUCGUCCGGUUGCUGGCUGGAAUGCAAUCAACAAGCCGCUACAACCAGAGUCUGCAUACCAAAGCCCUUAUGCAUCUGCUGAUCCUACAGAGCCAAUUCAUGUCGAUGAACCACAGCUCGAGGAUGACACAGCGGAACAAGAGACGCAAGAUGAUGCAAACGAUUCUCAGAUCCAGGGCGUAUGUGGUCCGAUUAGGGAAGAAGACAUGAUGAGCCGGAGUGCCAGGAAGCUCGCAGCAUACAUGGGUACCAAGACGGGAGGCGGAAGUCAGAAGAUGUUCCGUCACAAGGUCAUUAUGCAGAUCAUCGACCUUUGCGAUGGUGUUUAUCCCAUGCAUGGAGAAAUUGGACGACCAUUCACCACUCUUUGGAAGCAGCUAUAUCCCAACGUGGCUCCGCCAAAUUCGAGCACCGUGCUGUCGAAUCUGAGAGACAUGAUCGCUGAUCCACGCAACAGGCUCAAGAAGUUCAGCUUCCUGAUCAGGCUUCGACAGAGUGCCGGCUUGAAAAAGAAGGACAUGGUGGUGUACGAACAUCUCACCCCUACAAGCCCGCAGGUUACGAAACUCGCAUACAAGAUGGCCAACUACUCCAGCACGAAGGCACAUCAGUACUAUCCGGAAGAGAUCCUUCACUUGGUAUCUGAUGAGUCAUUCUACGUGCCGAUGCCAGUCGCGCCGAAAGACGAGACCGUCAGCCUGGAGCGUCUUAAUCCAAGUCUCAGGAGCAAGAUUAAGGAGGCCAACCUCGAGCGACGGAGGCGGUACUACCACAAGCAGAAAAAUGAAGAACUCGCGCGCGACGCUCAAAACGCAGGAGUGGAGGCACCUCUCAAACAGACCGCGAAGGUCGACGGACAGCCGCGGGCCAAGCGAGCGCGUCUUGCAAGUCUCAAUGACAAGAACAAACGAUAUCGUCGUGCUCCGCUAUCGACUGCGCCCUCGACAACUCUUGAUCCAGAGCUUGGGGAGAGCAUAACCGAAGAGAUUGAACCAGCGGCAGAUGAAGCUCAGCAGGGGCGAUCCUUGACGUGGAGGGAUCCUUGGGUGGGUCCUGCCGUGGGUCAGUCUACGCUAUCGGACAACUCAGCUCCCACAGUUCCCUCGAUUGGAUAUUACGUUUCGUCAAUCACUGCGCCCAUUGUCCGCUUCUAUUCAACGAACGGAACCUUCUCUACGGAACUUGGCUUUGUUCGUGCGACCGACUUGCUUGGUAUCCCACUUCCGACAAAGGCUACGGAUGCUUCGAUUGCGCCGUCGAAAAGCAGAAAACGAGUCAGGAUCAUCGAGCCUGCAUCAAAGCCCAGCAAGAAAGUUCGUCUUGGUACGGGCAAGCCUGUUCCUGUUACUGAACCCAGUCUUGUCAUUAGCUCCAGCGACGGGAGUGACGAUCCCUACACCUCUGAUUCGUCCUCAACUUCUUCUGAUAGUGAAGACCAUGUCCCUCUUAUGCAACUCAGCAAGGCUCAGGCCAAGACCAAGGCAAGGGCGAAGGCUAAAGCCAAGGCCAAAGAAAAGGCGAAUGCCAAACGAGGCAGCAAAAAGGACCCGCCUCCUACCCUACUCGAACGUCUCACUGGUCUUACUGGAGACCUUAACGAGCCUGUCUACCUUCCACCAAAGCCGAGGUCUCAAUCGCAGAAGACAUACCAGGCCUGGACCGAAAGAAAGAAGGCUGGCUUCGACAAACGGCAACGGGAGCGCAAGUAUGCCGAAAGCCAGGACCCUGUUGACAAAUUUAAGAAGCUGGUCUGCACUCUCGUCAUUGCUUCAUCGAUGGCAGGAGUCGAAGGCAGCAUUGACUGGAGUAUCGUCGAGAAGGCACACGAUGCCAAGGGCUUCGAUCUCGCUAAAACAAAAGCUCUAUGGCGCUGGAUGCAAACAAACAUGGCUACACAGAUCGAAGAUUUGACAUCAGACUUCGAAACUCGCUUCCUGGAGGCAUACGAGAACAACAGGAUCGCAGCGAUCGAAGAUCCGACGAAAUAUGAUUGGGCAAACCUGGUCAGGUGGGCUAUGCACACUUGUGUGUACCCUGAACUCUCUUUGCCUGUGUACCGGGAGGCGCUUCAGCAUUUCAUCGUCGAUUUGUCGAGCUACGAGGCUCUGGAUCGACCCAAGUGGUAUCGUGAGAGGGUUGCAGACAGAGUACGCACGCAGCUACAGCUGCAGUACCCCUUCACUGCGCCUCUGCACCAGUCUCACGCUCACGCGAAACGAAACAGCGUUGACGAAACCGAGCUUAAGGCGCGAUCAUGGAUUCGGGCGAAUACAGCUACGCCACAGGACCGCUACGACAGCAAGACAGCUCAUGAGAAGCUUAGGGCGCUAGGUGAUCCUGUGCUUGCAAAGGUUGUGGGCGAGUACGUCGACCGACAAAUGCUGCGGAUGCGCCAGCUAAAGCGCCUGUUGCCCGGCAGGAACUACACAUUCACAGCACGACUUGCAAAGAAGUACGGGCGCACCUUCGAGCUCAGCGACUUCAUGGCUGCUGUCAAGAUCAAGAAGGAUAUGGACGCUGCUUUUGCGCAGGACGAUCCUGAGAAGCGUAUCUAUUCUAUCUCCCGCGCCGAACCAGAUGGCGCCAUCAUGGCAGUCAUGUCGUUGCUCAGCAACGGCAAAGUCAAGUUUGCUCCCCAGCUCCCGUCUGUCAACAACGAGUUUGGUGCUCCGUUGCCGCGAUUGUCUGUAUGGGGUUUCAUGGAAGGCGAUUAUGUGCACCGUGGCAUUGACAGGCAGCGUUUGUUCUGGGACAUUCAUGUGGUUCCUACUGAGACAUACGACUAUGGGAAUCCACUGCAGCCGGCAUCUGCGCCGCUUGGAGAAUUGGCAACCAGUCUCGCAGCUUGGCCGCCGCUUCCAGUGCCACCGCUGCCUGGUAAACAUGACUUCAAUGCCCUACUGCCGAUCUGGAGCAGCAUGGAUGGGCAGAAGGUCACCUGGCCCUGGUGGUACCGGAUCCUGAAUCUAGUGUUGCAACCUCUUAUCUUCCAGCCCGGUGCAACGGUCGAAGACAUCCACGCAAACUGUGAUGAGUACACAACCGAGAUAUUCGAGAUCCAGCUCGUCUUGCAGUGGCUGGAGUCGGUUAACGCAGUCAAAAAAGUCAUCGGCGGUGGCUAUAUCACUCUGCCGUGCAUUUGGGCUGUAUUCGGCGAUGUCCUGCACGAUUUAGAGGACGACUGGCUCAACGCGCAUGUCAAACGCAAAUACAAGAAGCACGAGAAACAGCAAUGGCGUGACAAGUAUCACCUAAGGUAUUCCACGUUGCUGGGGCGCGAUGCGAGGCCGUCACCGAGCGAUGACAAUGAGUCUGACGCGCAAACCGAUGACGAGCGCGAAGGAGCGAUGACUGCGAGCACAAAGAUCAUGCGUCACCCGAAAGAGCAGUAUGCAAUUAUGAGGGAUCAAAUCGCUGCUGCGGCGUCUAAACCUUCUGCUACCGAUCGAGCUGCGGAUACUUUGGUACAAGAGGCAGAGCAUCGACCUGCGUCCGAGAGCAAGGCAAAUGGAGCGCAGACCUCCGAGACCGCUGGCACUGCAGAUGAAAAUGUCCCCAUGCAGGACCUAGAUGGUACGGAAGAGAUGGAUGCCGAGGGUGAGAUGGAAGUUUAAUCGGGAGCAAAUCAUCACGAUCCGUAUUACGGUGUAAAGCACAAUGAUGUAGAGCAUGCAUGUGCUGUAGAAACAACGAUGAAGAUAUGUGUAGUACGGAAUGGUGUUCGCAAGGCCCUGCGAAGGACUAUGUUGGUGCUAUUCUGUUCUUGUACAAUAGAGGUACGUCGAAACGUCAAGCCCUCAUCCUCUGCUACUCUAGAGAAACAAAAAGAUUAGAAGACAUGA